AUGGAUCAACAAGGCAACAGCACGUACAAUUUUGCCGCGUAUGGCCGCUGGGUCAUUGUAGUCAUAUGCGUCGUCUUUUUGGUGUUCUCUUUAAUCUCCAUUGGCUAUGUCAAUCGUCGUAGAAAUCGUAAUGGUUUAACCACCAUUCCUUUCACCAAUUUCUAUCCUUUCUCCACUCCUCCAGUCUAUACACCGAGACCCAAUCCAGCCCCUAAUGUUACUACGACGACUUCGUAUACACCUAACAUGCCUACUAUGCCUCAUGUUUAUCAACCUCCUCGUAUGCCGCCAGAUUCUGCAUUCCCCUCCCCUCCCCUCGACGAUGUUCCUCCUCCCGCCUAUCCAGAGGCCAUGGCUUCCGUUCCUCGUCCAAAAUACGAUAACGCUGCCCUUUAA